AUGAGGGUUGUUUUAAGAUUGAUGAGCUGUCUUUUGGCAUUGACCUCGCUUCGUAAGUUGAAAGGAGCCAAUGCUGGUAACAGGACAAGACCAAACGCACACGUUAUCCCGCCAGCUGACAAAGACUGUGUUGCUUACGACCUCGACGGAAAAAUCUAUAACCUAGCAGCUCUCGAAAGAAAGGACGGAAAGCCGAGGUAUUAAUUCAGGCAUUGUAUACUGAUGAGAAUAGAAGAUCCAAUGUGCAAAGUUGGGCCAACUGCAAUCCACAAAGAUUAGCAUGAUAUUACUGUUUAUUUAACACUGAUACUAGAACAUUCAAACUGUCAGGAAGUGUCUACGAUUACGGAUUGAAAACAGGGAAGUGGACCAAAAUAAAAAUAGAAAGAGCACAUUGUGCUGUUUUAGAAAAUUACACAUAAUUCACAUGACAGCACUUAGUCUUUAAGACGUAUAAAAAGUCGAAAGUUUCAAUGCUUCACUAAAUAAUUCACGGGACCUCGAGAUUAGAGGUACUAUAACAUUAAACACCAAGGUCAAGAAUGUGCAUAAAUAAAACUUUAUAUUUUGCAGCUUAAAGUAAAAAUUAUACUAGGAAACGGAAAUGUGAAAAAUGAGUGGAAGAUGUUCUCUUCGCAUUUAAGUUAGUUGCGCCCCUACCAUUUUGAUCUACGGUAUUUCGCUACACCUACAUGCAUCACUUGCAUUUGUCCAACAGGUUCUGGGUGGUUUCAGGUGAUUGGAACUAUACUUAUAAUCCCUGUAGACCAUUCUCUCAAGGGACGAAACAAACAAGUGACUGUUUCGGAGAUGUGGCUGUAAGUUGUUUAACUUACUAUAGUAACAGAAAACUUUGUUUUGAAAACAUUGCCCAGGUCUCGUGGUUCCACUUAAAUUUUGACCAUGUUGACGUUAUUUGUAAUGGUCGAUAAGAGUAUAGAGCAUGGUCCAUUUUACUCUUUAAAAAAGGGUUAGCGCUUAAAAUUCUAGCUUUUCGUUUCUUUGACAGUGAUAAAUUGACUUAAUUGACUCGUGAUAAAACUAAAUUUUUGAGAAAGGUUCAAUGUACGGAGGAACGUUCACCAUACUAAUACAUCAUACCAAUACAGGCAAAUCUAAAAGAUAGUUUUCUUUUUUCCUAAUCAGGUUUGCAUGGGUACUGUAAACAAAGCACGGUAUCAACUGAUUGGUACGCAAAGCUCAUUUCAUUAUGGUUUCAAUAAAGAGACGAACACACCACAGCUUGUCUAUACCAAUAAAGAGUAAGUUGUUGUGCUUCUUUCUUUUUAUUAGAUUAAACCCAGGCCUACUUCUGAUUUGUUAGGCUCAGUAAUCCUCGGCCACAAACUUUGUUUCAAGUAUUCCUUUUGACACUCCAUUAAAUGCGAAGCCGUUUGUCUCAAUAAUCAUNUCAGGUUUGCAUGGGUACUGUAAACAAAGCACGGUAUCAACUGAUUGGUACGCAAAGCUCAUUUCAUUAUGGUUUCAAUAAAGAGACGAACACACCACAGCUUGUCUAUACCAAUAAAGAGUAAGUUGUUGUGCUUCUUUCUUUUUAUUAGAUUAAACCCAGGCCUACUUCUGAUUUGUUAGGCUCAGUAAUCCUCGGCCACAAACUUUGUUUCAAGUAUUCCUUUUGACACUCCAUUAAAUGCGAAGCCGUUUGUCUCAAUAAUCAUUUUAGAUCAACUCGCACAAGUUGAGUGUAACUACGUCUUAUACAUGGUGAUAAAUAUGAUAUAUGCGUUAUUUACAAAGUGUGAGGUCAAGAUGGCUGGAUAUUGGCCAAGUUCCUUUUUGGCGUAUUUUUUAGCCUGCAUGAAAGGCGCUUUAUGAACCAAGCGAAGCCAAGGGGCAUUUCGCGCGAGGGCUUCUCGCGUCAUGUUCGCCUUUUUGGUCCAAGAAAAAGUCAAGGAUAAACGGCUGAGGAAUGAAAACGAACGAGACCAUCCUACAAUCUUACCGAACAAGCUCAAUAAACUGGACGAUAGGAAAUACGCUUUUCCUGCAUGGCCAAAGGGAGCAGUUAUAGGAAUGGGCAAGAUUUGCCGAUCUUGGGCACUCGAACAUUCAAUCAGAACACGAGAUUAGCCUCAUCGCCUGUUCGCGAAACAGGACAUUAAUUUUUAUGUUACCUAAUAUGUCUGUGUAUUUAAAGGUCUUUUGCGAAACGACAAGUUAUAGUCGACCUCAAGUGCGAUCCAUCAAAGAAAACACCCGAGGAAGCACUUUUCGAGUAUAUCAGUGAUACUAAAGACAUUUGGGUAAGUGAAACUGGUACAUAGCUAUUAAAUGAAAUGUAAGUAAAAACUACACACUACUUUUCUACACUGACUAUGGCCGUUUUCUAGCGAUUGCAUAAAGGACUUCUUAAAGUGUUUUUGAACAUGACUGAACGGCCACUGAACGGCCACUGAACGGCCACUUUGUUUCCCCGUCCACACCUACCCCUUUUUGGUUGAAUUUUUUGCCCUCUGUUCACCUUUCGUCCUGUGAAAUGAACUUUAAUGGAAGCCUCUCUUUACAAAACUGACUCAGGAAAGUAAAUCAGUUUUGGAUUUUACUUGUGUGGAGGGAUGAAUGGAGUGUAUUAAAGAAACGACUACACCGGACUAUCUCACGCACAAGACACAACUAAAAUUUAACAUGGGCAACAGACCCGUUCUUAUUGUAGUCAGCGUUACGUAGCGUUAUUCUUAGCCUUUUUAAAUGCCUCGAAUUAAGCGGCUUGCUUUGUGCAAUUAUCAAAGCUGAUUAUACCUCAUUACGAAUUCAAUAGAGAGAGAAUUUUGUCUCUAUAAAAUCAGUCUCAGGCCUGCAAGGUUGCGAACUUGCUUUACUUUUAAAGACUUGUAGUCUACGAAGUUUCCUACUGGGUUCACUUUCAGUUUUGAAGAUUGGAAACGUUAAAUGAACAAACAAGUAAACAAUCGACAGGUUCGGGCCGGUAAGGCAAGGAUGUAUUGAAGACAUGUCAUUGAAACUCAUUCUCGAGGAUUGCAAUUGAAAUUGGAAAUACCAAACGUUCUGAUUAGAUUAAUCUUCGAUACUCAAACACAGAUCAGCGUCCACGGUGCCAUAAGCGUCCUGUUAGCGCUCAAGUCUAUUUUUGUCUUUAUUUAUUUGUAGAGAUUUUUAGUGACUAGUAUUUGUUCAUGUCCUGAUGGUUGUCCAAACGAUCCAGACGACCCGUCAUCCCAAACAGGUACUUUAAAUCUACACUGAAACCUACGUAAGCCACGCGAUACUCAGUACAAUAGCAAUCACAUCAUGCAGUAGACGUUGAAGGCCUAGGCCAAUCGCCAAAGUUUUCAUGAGACGAACCAAACUUAGUGAGUUUAGAGUCCCCAGCGCAAACGUCGAUCAUCGUAUGCGACGAACUAAACUUCUGCGUCAAUAACUUGUAUGAUAAGGCAUAUUUAGCCUCGUCCGGAAAAAUUUUUAAUUUUUAACUGAUUUAUUACUGAUUCAGUUGAUUGGUUCGACCCUUCUUAAGUUCGACGUCUGACUCAACAGACGAUCUUAACUUAAUUUUGGUUGACUCAAAUGAGAGUUUGGUUCGUCUCAUUAAAAGUACGACCCUUGGCCUAGGACUAACUUAGGUUGUUUGUUCUCCCAUUUGACGUGUCGUUGUUACUCAAGGAAACUGUGGUUUCAAAGUUCGUCACAUAAACGUGUAUACAACUGUAUCCUUGUGUCAUCCAUCAAAAGAAAUUUAAAGUAAUUCCCCUGAGAAUGUAAAAUUACCUACGUGGAGCAGCAAGGAAACGACGGUUGAAGAAAAAAGCCUUUGGAGCUGAUCUUAAGACUACAAUUUUUCCUUAUUUUCAGGUGGUGGUGUAAACAGGGUGGACUACAUCAUACCAUUAGGUGCUUUAUCAGGUAUUAUUGUUGUUGUUCCAGCGCUUUACUACCGCAAGCGCAUCUGGCGGUGUAUUAGGAGAAGGCCAGCUGAAGAAGACGACGACGAAAGGCGACCUGUUAUUCAUGGAAAUGAUGCAGAGGACUAUGGAGCUCGGCCCGAAGGUCUGCAGAAUGCACAUUGCCCGUUUUCAGCUGGACUUAGUUCGGGUAGUAAUAACCCAAGAGAUAACUUAAAUAAUGAACUUAGCAGAGCAAGACACGGAAAUAUAGGUGCCUUGGCUUGA